AUGCACUCUCUGCUACUGCGCAGUUCGCCAAGGUUUGCCGCGGCGCAGGUGGCACCACAUGCCGUCUAUGCACUGUGCCUGCACACGUCUCAUCGCUGCGUUUUCGUCCGUGAGCUCUCCACCCCGGCCACUCUCGAGACUGGCAACAGCAGCGUUGCUCCUUCCCCUGCACGCCUUCUCUGGCAGUUCUGCAGCAGGCGGCCGCGGCACCUCGUCCUCUGCGUGCGAGAACCUCUCCCCGCGGUGGCACCCCUCGCCCCGGAAAAAAACUUUGAAGGCUUGAGCGCCGCUGAAGCGGUGGAAGCAUCUGCAGUGCGGACGGUGGCAGUCGAUGGCGCGCCGCGUGCACAGGAAGACUUCAUGUACGGGCGCCUAUUUCUGCGGCCCUAUAACGUGGCACAGCUUUUGACAGUGCUGCAAGGCUGGUCGGAUUUGCCUGCCGUGGUGGAGCGACCGCGCUCCUCCUUGACGCUGAGCGCUGUGCCACCGUCGUCGACAUCAGAAAAGCCGGAAAACGGCAACAGCGCUGACGUGCGACCGAGGGAGGUGGUACUGACAGCUCGCGUGACGCGAAAGACAACUGUGGCAGCGCCCGGAGACUCGGGCAGGGUCGCCACCCCAGGUGCCGUCGCCUACUCCUCCACGAAUGCUGAUCCUGGUGCUGAUGAAGACCAACCCGACGCUGUCUACGUGGAUGGGGACGUGAGCACGCUGCACGUGGUACUUCGCGACGCCGACCUCGUUCUCCUCACCACCCACCUCGAGAGCGUUUUGAGCGACCUCUUCGCCAUUGAGCACUGCAGCCGUAAGAUGGAGCUACGGAAAGCCCUCAGCUCACAGCACAGCCGAGUGAGCCAUCGCACUGGCGCCAGGGCGAGAUCGUUCGAGAGGUCUUCGGCGAGGCAACCGAAGUACCUCAGCGACCGGCACGCGCGUGCUACAAGGACCCACGGUCACUUGAUGGAGAAGGGCUACCAGAGCCGCCGUAGUGAUCGCGGUAGCCACAGUGGCAGUCGUCAUCACAGCUUCACUACCGCUCCUGUGCAAGGAAAGUGGAGCACACUUGAAGAGGUAUCUUCGAAAGCUGCGCCGACGACGGCCACCAACGAAGCGGAGGAUGACGACUACGAGGAGAUCCUGGAGGACGUGGAGGAGGUCGAGGACGGCGAGGUCGACCACAAAGAUGCGACAGAGACUUGCAGUGGAGCCACGCCAUCGAGCCAGGCUGUGGCCUCCGCGGCCUCUGCUGCGUCCUCGACGUCGUACAUCACCACGCACACGCGAGAGCGAGGUGAGAUGACGAUGGAGUCGGCGGACCGCUACGCCGAGGCCCGGUUCAUGCGCGAUGGCAGCGUGGCCGCGUCAGAGGUGGAGGAGGUAGGCCGUGUCGGUGAUUUCGAUGUACGUCGCCGUACCCGCCAAGCGCAAGGGAGCACAGAGAAAGGCGACUCACGAACGACAGUACAUGCUACGGCGACCACCGGCGCAUUCCGCUCCACAAGCGGAGAGGUUACCGGGAGCUUCUCGUACGAGAGAUUGUCCACGACGACAGAGGCGACGUCUGCAACGACUGCUGCAGCAGCCGCUGCGGCGACUGCCAUUCCUCUACGUUGCGAGACCGCAGAGGGCGACAGCGAGGCGACCGCCACCAUCGACAUCACGGCAAUCGAAUUGCAGCCAAGCGCAGAAGUGGAUGACCGGAAACCUGGUGAGAGCGAGUCGCACGAACGCCAAAUGGAGGGAGAGAAGAGUACGGAGGCUGGGCCUGUCAAGCCAACUCGCAAGCGGCAGGCAAGUGGCAAGGCUGCUGCCGCCGGUAAGAAGAAGACGGCCAAGAGGAAGUCCAGGAAGGCGCCGGCGAAGCGGAAGGCUGCCACCUCUACCACCGCCUCUGUAUCCGCGCCCCAAAGAGCGGGCGAAUUCGCAGACACGAGGGUACUCUAG